AUGGCUCCAAAGAAGUCGAAACGCAAGGACUACUACGCUAUCAAAAGAGGGCGAUUUCCUCCAAUGAUCACGACGUGCUGGUUCACAGCGCAUAGCCAAGUUAACGGGUUCCCCGGAAACGAUUACAAAGGGUUUUCUACGUUCUGGGACGCAAAGGAAUAUAUGCAGCACGGCAACGACGGUCAUGCAACAUUUCAUUUCCACGCCUGCCCGACGGACGUGACCGAGGCGAUGGCCAUCAAUGAAAAGGGAAAACACCACGCCUUCAUUAGUGGCAACCAGAGCGGCGUUGUUCCCACCUAUAGAGAGGUUCAGAAAAUGGUUCACGGAGUCUCUGGUGCAUCGCACAAGUCUUUUGGUACGGAAGAAUGCGCGCUGGCAUUCCUAACAGCUGGUCUGGCCUCCAUAUUGCUCGCACAUCGCUCGCCCUGUCGAUCGGCACCUGUGCGAACCAAUGAUAACCAUACACCACUUCACAAGUCAUAG